CUUUCCGGUUGCCCCACCUGCACUAAUUAAUCACAUCACAAGAUCCCCUUCUCUUCCGUUCCAGCCCCGUCCUCCUCCCCCUCCUCCUCCUCCUCCUGACGCACUGCCAGCUCGCCUUCCCUGCGAGCGCCACUCCACGCGAGACUGGCCUCGCGCGGCCGCCGGAAUCCCGCGGCGAGGCUAUCCUCUCCGCGCCGCGUCUCAGGAUGACAUUCAUAAAAUGAUUCUCUAUUUUGACAUAUUUUGGAGAUGGAUGAUCUGCCAGAUGACCGAGAGCAAUCCGACACACAGUCUUCAGAUCCAAAUUGUUUGCCCUCACGUGAGGAGCACAAGUUCCAAUCCAUUUCCCUCGCCAAACAGGAAAAUAAUUUGGAUUCUGCAGAUUCUUCUCUUGACUGUAGGGAAGUUGACCGUUCAUUGUGCGCUUCUCAGGCAUUAUGGUCUACUGGAUCUCUAUCAAGUCCAAUACCCAAUGGAUUCUAUUCAAUUAUUCCGGACAAGAAACUCAAGGAGUGUUUUGACACCAUUCCUUCACCAGAAGACCUAUAUUCCCUUGGAAUUGAGGGCUUCAAGGCUGAGAUAAUUCUUGUGGACUUAAUGAAGGAUAAAAAGCUAUCCGCAAUAAAGCAGUUAUGUGUAGCUCUAGUAAAAGGAUUGAAUUCUAACCCAGCUGCAAUGAUAAAAAAGGUUGCAGGUUUGGUUUGCGACUUCUACAAGCGAUCAAACCCACAGCUCAGUCCGGCAAGAACUUCCUCUGAAGAAAUUUCUCAUUUCAUGGAAAACAGAGGAGUUCAGUUGCUGGGGCAGAUAAGACAUGGAUCAUGUAGGCCCAGAGCAAUAUUAUUUAAAGUUCUUGCUGACUCUGUUGGUAUAGAUUCUAAGUUGGUUGUGGGCAUUCCCAAUGAAGAAUCUCAUGAAUACGAUGACUCACCCAAACAUAUGUCUGUUGUUGUUAUGCUGAAGUCUGUGGAGUUUCUAGUUGAUCUAAUGCGUUUUCCAGGACAACUAGUUCCAUUCUCAUCCAAGGCUAUUAUCACAUCUCAUAUAUCUGCAGCUGGAGAGAGUGACUCUGCUGACUAUGAUUCAUGUGAUUCUCCCCUUGAACCUAAUAGUCCCUUGUGUUCUCAACGGCAAGAGCAAGAUGACAACAGCCGAUCCUUUAAAGUUCCUUCUUUAAGAAACAUCAUGCUUAGAUCGACAAACUCUAUGGAGGGUAAAUUGAGAUGUUCAUCACAUAGUGAACCAAACGUGGCCAAUGCCUUCUGUGGUCGCAGCCGGAGGAAAGUUGUUAAUGAACAUCAAAGAACUGCCAGUUCAAGUCCAGAGCAUCCUAUGUCCAGAGCUCAUGGACGCUCUAUGCUUGGUGAUAGACAGUAUGGAGAUGGUGUAGCUGUAUCAAGGUACCUCAAUGGCGCAUCAACAUCGAAUGCGCGUAUAGGACGGCGAAGAAGUAUAAGUAUUGCCCCUGAAAUUGGUGACGAUUUUGCAAGGGCAGUUAAAGCAAUGAGUGAAAGCAUGAGGCAAAAUCGCCUUUCAAGGGCACAUAAUGAUGGUAGUCCAGGACAUUCAAAUGACUCGGAGAGAAAUGAAUCACUAGGUGAUUUCAACGGCAAUGAGGUGUCUGCAAGAGAAUCAAAUGUGCAGGAGGGUCCCAGAAGGCAAAUUAGUAGUCAAAGGGCAUUGUCAUUACCUUCAUCACCCCACCGCUUAGGCAGCCAUGCUUCUGAUCUCAGAGAGCCAGCUGACUUUCUAACAGCAGCAGAUCUGAUGUCCACUUGGAAUAAGGUGUUGCAAUCUUCACCAUUUCUGAACAAGCCUUUAUUGCCUUUUGAGGAAUGGCAUAUUGAAUUCUCAGAGAUUACUGUUGGCACUCGUGUUGGAAUAGGGUUUUUUGGAGAAGUAUUCCGGGGCGUCUGGAAUGGAACAGAUGUAGCUAUAAAAGUAUUUUUGGAGCAAGAUUUAACAAUGGAAAAUAUGGAAGAUUUCUGCAACGAGAUCUCCAUACUUAGCCGUCUCCGACAUCCCAAUGUCAUAUUAUUCCUUGGCGCAUGUAUGAAGCCUCCUCACUUGUCCCUAGUCACUGAAUAUAUGGAAAUGGGGUCUUUAUAUUAUUUAAUUCACACAAGUGGCAACAAAGGUAAGCUCAGUUGGCGAAGGAAGUUAAAAAUGCUCCGUGACAUCUGUAGGGGUCUUAUGUGUAUGCACCGUUUGAAGAUAGUUCACCGUGAUCUUAAGAGUGCAAAUUGCCUUGUUAACAAGUACUGGACAGUCAAGUUAUGUGAUUUUGGGCUGUCGCGGGUAAUGUUGGAUUCUGCAAUGCGUGACAACUCAUCCGCAGGCACUCCAGAGUGGAUGGCUCCUGAGCUUAUUCGGAAUGAACCUUUUACAGAAAAGUGUGAUAUCUUUAGCCUCGGAGUUAUCAUGUGGGAGCUUUGCACUCUGAGUAGGCCCUGGGCAGGAAAGCCCCCAGUUCAGGUUGUUUACUCUGUUGCGAACGAAGGGGCAAGACUGGAAAUCCCAGAUGGACCUCUGCGCAGCUUGAUAUCAGAUUGCUGGGCUGAACCGGACAAGCGUCCAAGCUGCCAGGAGAUCCUCACCCGUUUGCUUGAUUGCGAAUACACCUUGUGUUGAGCUAUUUUAGCUCUACUCUGUAUAGCGGUUCUAGAGGCAGCACAUUGAUCCGGCUUAUAACAUCAUUCCUUUUCCCAUUUCUCAUCAUUUGGGCAUCUUUGAGAUGUAAAUUAUCAAACUGUACUAUAAUAAUAAAACAUUCACAUAGCAAUUUCUGUGA